GCGGGGGCGGUGGGAGCGGGCCGCGCCGUCCCGAGGACUCCCGAGGCCAGCGAGCGGGCGGCUGCGGGCGGCGCCGAGCGAGCGAGCGAGCGACGGAGCGGCGCGGGCCUGGCCAUGGGGCGGCGGGCGGCGGGCACGCUGCUGCUGGCGUUGCUGCUGCACGGGCGGCUGCUCGCGGUGGCCCACGGGCUGAGGGCAUAUGAGGGCUUGUCUCUGCCCGAGGACACAGAGACCGUCACAGAGGGCCGAGCCGGCUGGAGCUAUUCCUACCUGUCUGAUGACGAGGACCUGCUGGCUGAUGAUGCCUCUGGAGAUGGCCUGGGCAGCGGGGACCUGGGCAGUGGGGACUUCCAGAUGGUGUACUUCCGGGCCCUGGUGAAUUUCACGCACUCCAUCGAGUACAGCCCUCGGCUGGAGGAUGCAGGCUCCAGGGAGUUCCGGGAGGUGUCGGAUGCCGUGGUGGACAAGCUGGAGAUGGAGUACGCGAAGAUUCCUGGAGACCAGGUGGUCAGCGUGGUGUUCAUCAAGGAGCUGGACGGCUGGGUCUUUGUGGAGCUGGACGUGGGCUCAGAAGGCAAUGCGGAUGGCGCCCAGAUUCAGGACGUGCUGCACAGGGUCGUCUCCGGCGGUGCCAUCGCCUCCUACGUCACGUCCCCCCAGGGGUUCCAGUUCCGACGCCUGGGCACCGUGCCCCAGAUCCCGAGGGUCUGCACCGAGGCCGAGUUUGCCUGCCACAGCCACAACGAGUGUGUGGCCCUGGAGUAUCGCUGUGACCGGCGGCCCGACUGCAGGGACAUGUCGGAUGAGCUCAACUGCGAGGAGCCGAUCCCAGCGCUCAGCACCACGAAGCCCUUUUUGGAGACACCGUCUUUCCCGCCCCAGCCAGAGGUCGCCACACAGCGGCCACCAGACAUGGCCAUUCCCCAGCCUCUGUUCCCCAGUCUAGGCAGGCCUGAGCCCUGUGGGCCCCAGGAGGCUGCAUGCCACAGCGGGCACUGCAUCCCCAAAGACUACGUCUGUGACGGGCAGGAAGACUGCACGGAUGGCAGCGACGAGCUGGACUGCGGCCCCACACCGCCCUGUGAGCCCAAUGAGUUCCCCUGCGGAAACGGGCACUGUGCCCUCAAGCUGUGGCGCUGCGAUGGCGACUUUGACUGUGAGGACCGCACCGACGAGGCCAACUGCCCUGCCAAGCGUCCCGAGGAGGUGUGUGGCCCCACCCAGUUCCGCUGCGUGUCCACCAGUACUUGCAUCCCAGCCAGCUUCCACUGUGAUGAGGAGAGCGACUGUCCCGACCGCAGCGACGAGUUUGGCUGCAUGCCCCCGCAGGUGGUGACCCCUCCCCAGGAGUCGAUCCAGGCUUCGCGGGGCCAGACAGUGACCUUCACUUGUGUGGCCAUUGGGGUCCCCACCCCCAUCAUCAACUGGAGGCUCAACUGGGGCCACAUCCCCUCUCACCCCAGGGUGACAAUGACCAGCGAGGGCGGCCGUGGCACCCUGAUCAUUCGCGAUGUGAAGGAGUCAGACCAGGGUGCUUACACCUGUGAGGCCAUGAACGCCCGGGGCAUGGUGUUCGGCAUCCCUGACGGCGUCCUGGAGCUCAUCCCGCAGCGAGGCCCCUGCCCCGACGGGCAUUUCUACCUGGAGCCCAGCGCCUCCUGCCUGCCCUGCUUCUGCUUCGGGGUCACCAACGUGUGCCAGAGCAGCCGCCGCUUCCGCCACCAGAUCCACCUGCGCUUUGACCAGCCCGGCGACUUCAAGGGUGUGAACGUGACGAUGCCCGCGCAGCCCGGCAUGCCGCCCCUGUCCUCCACCCAGCUGCACAUCGACACCGCCCUGCAGGAGUUCCAGCUGGUCGACCUGUCCCGUCGCUUCCUCGUCCACGACUCCUUCUGGGCUCUGCCUGAGCAGUUCCUGGGCAACAAAGUGGACUCCUAUGGCGGCUCCCUGCGCUACAAGGUGCGCUAUGACCUGGCACGUGGCAUGCUAGAGCCGGUGCAGCGGCCAGACGUGGUCCUCGUGGGUGCUGGGUAUCGCCUGCUCUCCCGAGGCCACACGCCCACCCAACCCGGUGCCCUGAACCAGCGCCAGGUCCAGCUCUCUGAGGAGCACUGGGUCCACGAGUCUGGACGGCCAGUGCAGCGGGCGGAGAUGCUGCAGGUACUGCAGAGCCUGGAGGCCGUGCUCAUCCAGACCGUGUACAACGCCAAGAUGGCCAGCGUGGGGCUGAGCGACAUCAGCAUGGACACCACCGUCACCUAUGCCACCAGCCACGGCCGCGCACACAGUGUGGAGGAGUGCAGAUGCCCCGUCGGCUAUUCCGGCUUGUCCUGCGAGAGCUGCGCUGCCCACUUCACCCGGGUACCCGGUGGGCCUUACCUGGGCACCUGCUCUGGCUGCAACUGCAAUGGCCAUGCCAGCUCCUGUGACCCUGUGUACGGCCACUGCCUGAACUGUCAGCACAACACGGAGGGACCGCAGUGCAACAAGUGCAAGGCCGGCUUCUUUGGGGACGCGACCAAGGCCACGGCCACUGCCUGCCGGCCCUGCCCUUGCCCGUACAUCGAUGCCUCCCGCAGAUUCUCGGACACUUGCUUCCUGGACACGGAUGGCCAAGCCACAUGUGACGCGUGUGCCCCUGGCUACACAGGCCGCCGCUGUGAGAGCUGUGCCCCCGGAUAUGAGGGCAACCCCAUCCAGCCGGGCGGGAAGUGCAGGCCCACCACCCAGCAGCUUGUGCGCUGUGAUGAACGAGGCAGCCUGGGGACCGCCGGGGAGGCCUGCCAGUGUAAGCUCGCAGCUCUGUGCCCGCAGAACAACGUGGUGGGGCGGCUGUGCAAUGAGUGUGCCGACGGCUCAUUCCACCUGAGCACGCAAAACCCCGACGGCUGCCUCAGGUGCUUCUGCAUGGGGGUCAGUCGCCAGUGUUCCAGCUCUUCCUGGAGCCGCGCCCAGGUGCUGGGGGCCUCCGAGGAGCCCGCGCAGUUCAGCCUGACCAACGCUGCGGGCACCCACACCACCAGCGAGGGCAUCGCCUCCCCCACAGCCGGGGAGCUGCUCUUCUCCUCCUUCCACAGCCUCCUGCAGGGACCCUACUUCUGGAGCCUCCCUCCGCGCUUCCGGGGAGACAAGGUGACCUCCUACGGGGGAGAGCUGCGUUUCACAGUGACCCAGCAGCCCCAGCCCGGCUCCCCGCCGCUGCACGGGCAGCCCCUGGUGGUUCUGCAGGGCAACAGUAUCACCUUGGAGCAUCGCACCUCCCAGGAACCUGUCCCCGGCCAGCCCAGCUCCUUCACUAUACCCUUCCGGGAGCAAGCAUGGCAGCGGCCUGACGGGCAGCCAGCCACACGGGAGCACCUGCUGAUGGCACUGGCGGGCAUUGACGCGCUCCUGAUCCGGGCAUCCUACAGCCAGCGGCCGGCCGAGAGCAGGGUGUCUGGCAUCAGCAUGGAUGUGGCUGUGCCCGAGGGCACUGGCCAGGACCCUGCACUAGAAGUGGAGCAGUGUACCUGUCCACCUGGGUACCGUGGCCCGUCCUGCCAGGACUGUGACACAGGCUACACACGCAUGCCCAGCGGCCUCUACCUGGGCACCUGCGAACGCUGCAGCUGCCACGGCCACUCGGAGGCCUGCGAGCCUGAGACAGGUGCCUGCCAGGGCUGCCAGCACCAUACAGAGGGCCCUCGGUGCCAGCAGUGCCAGCCAGGAUACUAUGGGGAUGCCCAGCAGGGGACACCACAGGACUGCCAGCCUUGCCCGUGCUACGGAGCCCCUGCUGCCGGCCAGGCUGCUCACACGUGCUUCCUGGACACUGAUGGCCACCCCACCUGCGACGCCUGCUCCCCGGGCCACAGCGGGCGGCUCUGUGAGAGGUGUGCCCCCGGCUACCACGGCAACCCCAGCCAGGGCCAGCCGUGCCAGAGAGACGGCCAGGUGCCAGAGCCCAUAGGCUGUGGCUGUGACCCCCAGGGCAGCGUCAGCAGCCAGUGUGAUGCCACUGGCCAGUGCCAGUGCAAGGCCCAGGUCGAAGGCCUCACCUGCAGCCACUGCCGGCCCCACCACUUCCACCUGAGUGCCAGCAACCCCGACGGCUGCCUGCCCUGCUUCUGCAUGGGCGUCACCCAGCAGUGCGCCAGCUCCUCCUACACGCGCCACCUGAUCUCCAGCCGCUUUGCUCCUGGCGACUUCCAAGGCUUUGCCCUGGUGAACCCUCAGCGCAACAGCCGCCUGACGGGAGGCUUCACCGUGGAACCCGCGCCCGAGGGGGCCCAGCUCUCUUUCGGCAACUUCGCCCACCUCGGCCAGGAGCCCUUCUAUUGGCAGCUGCCGGACGCAUACCAGGGAGACAAGAGGGAGGCUGACUUCGUGCGGAUGCGCCGGGCUCACCAGAACCGCACGUCCCUCUCAGAGGAGCAGUGGCGGGCAGCUGUGGCAGCUGGGAGGAUCCUGGGGCCCCCAGAGGGCAGAGGCUGGGCACGGCAGGCAUCACAGGUGGACGAGGCCCAGAGGCGCGUGGACGCCGAGAUCUGGCAGCUGCUUUCCAGCUUUGCUGCCCGCCCCCGACCCCCUCCCCGGGGACCCUCCACCCACUCCCGGCCUGCCGCAGCCCUGAGAGCCGCUCCCCACUCCUCCUCCCUCCCCUCCUCCUUCUCCUCCUCUUCCUCUUCCUCCUCCUCCUCUCUGUCUCCUCCAGCAGGCCCCCAGUUCGCUCUCUCCUACGAAGGCUUCUCUCUGCUCCCUGGGAGCCUCUAUUACUGGCAGCUGCCCCAGGCCUUCCUGAGGGACAAGGUGGCGGCUUACGGCGGGAAACUGCGCUACACCCUCUCCUACACGGCGGGACCGCAGGGCAGCCCCCUCUCUGACCCUGACAUCCAGAUCACGGGUAACAACAUCAUGCUGGUAGCCUCCCAGCCUCCCCCGCAGGGCGCUGAGAGGAGGAGCUAUGAGAUCGUCUUCAGAGAGGAAUUCUGGCGCCGGCCUGACGGGCAGCCAGCCACCCGCGAGCACCUCCUGAUGGCGCUGGCCGACCUGGACGAGAUCCUGGUGCGCGCCACGUUCUCCUCCGUGCCGCUUGCAGCCAGCAUCAGCGCUGUCAGCCUGGAAGUCGCCCAGCCCGGGCCCUCAGACGGACCCCGGGCCCUUGAAGUGGAGGAGUGCCGCUGUCCCCCGGGCUACGUGGGCCUGUCCUGCCAGGACUGUGCCCCUGGCUACACGCGCACUGGGAGUGGGCUCUACCUCGGCCACUGCGAGCUGUGUGAAUGCAAUGGCCACUCAGACGUGUGCCACCCAGAGACCGGGGCCUGCUCGCAAUGCCAGCACAACGCCGCCGGGGAGUUCUGCGAGCUGUGUGCCCCCGGCUACUACGGAGACGCCACGGCCGGGACGCCUGAGGACUGCCAGCCCUGUGCCUGCCCACUGACCAAUCCGGAGAACAUGUUCUCCCGCACCUGUGAGAGCCUGGGAGGCAAUGGGUACCGCUGCACAGCCUGUGAGCCCGGCUACACCGGCCAGUACUGCGAGCAGUGCGCCCCAGGUUAUGUGGGUAACCCCAACGUGCAAGGGGGCCGGUGCCUGCCCCAGGCAGACCAAGCCCCGCUGGUGGUCCAGGUCCACCCUGCUCGGAGUGUCGUGCCCCAGGGCGGCCCCUACUCCCUGCGGUGCCAGGUCAGUGGGAGCCCCCCACACUACUUCUACUGGUCCCGUGAGGACGGGCGGCCUGUGCCCAGCAGCACCCAGCAGCGACAUCAAGGCUCCGAGCUCCACUUCCCCAGUGUCCAGCCCUCGGACGCCGGGGUCUACAUUUGCACCUGCCGUAAUCUCCACCAUGCCAACAGCAGCCGGGCAGAGCUGCUGGUCACUGAGGCUCCGAGCAAACCCAUCACAGUGACUGUGGAGGAGCAGCGGAGCCAGAGCGUGCGCCCCGGGGCCGACGUCACCUUCAUCUGCACUGCCAAAAGCAAGUCCCCAGCCUACACGCUGGUGUGGACCCGCCUGCACAACGGCAAGCUGCCCUCGCGAGCCAUGGAUUUCAAUGGCAUCCUGACCAUCCGUGGCGUGCAGCCGAGUGACGCGGGCACCUACGUGUGCACUGGCUCCAACAUGUUCGCCAUGGACCAGGGCACCGCCACACUGCACGUGCAGGCCUCGCCCACCUCGUCUGCCCCCACGGUCUCCAUCCACCCCCCGCAGCUCACGGUGCAGCCCGGCCAGAUGGCCGAGUUCCGCUGCAGCGCCACCGGGAACCCCAUGCCCAACCUCGAGUGGAUAGGGGGCCCCGGCGGCCAGCUCCCUCAGAAGGCCGAAGUCCGCGGCGGCAUCCUGCGCCUGCCGGCCGUCGAGCCCUCCGAUCAGGCGCCGUACCUGUGCAGAGCCCAUAACAGCGCCGGGCAGCACGUGGCCAGGGCCGUGCUCCACGUCCACGGGGGCAGUGGUCCUCGGGUCCAGGUGAGCCCAGAGAGGACACAGGUACACGAAGGCCACACCGUGAGGCUGUACUGCAGGGCUGCUGGGGUGCCCAGUGCCACCAUCACCUGGAGGAAGGAAGGGGGCAGCCUCCCCCCACAGGCCCGGUCUGAGCGCACGGACAUCGCCACGCUGCUCAUCCCAGCCAUCACCGCCGCCGACGCCGGCUUCUACCUCUGUGUGGCCACCAGCCCUGCAGGCACUGCCCAGGCCCGCAUCCAGGUGGUCGUCCUUACAGCCUCAGGCGACAGCUCACCGCCUCCGGUCAGGAUCGAGUCCUCCUCGCCAUCCGUGACAGAAGGACAGACACUCGACCUCAACUGCGUGGUGGCAGGGUCGGCCCACACCCAGGUCACGUGGUACAGGCGAGGGGCCAGCCUGCCUCCCCGCUCACAGGUGCACGGCUCCCGGCUGCGGCUCCCUCAGGUCUCCCCCGCUGAUUCGGGAGAAUACGUGUGCCGAGUGGAGAACGGCUCGGGCCCCAAGGAGGCCACCAUCACCAUCUCUGUCCUCCGCGGCACCCAUACAGGCCCCAGCCAUGCCCCAGCUCCAGGCAGCACCCAGCCCAUCCGCAUCGAGUCCUCCUCCUCCCACGUGGCCGAAGGGCAGACGCUGGAUCUGAACUGUGUGGUGCCCGGGCAGGCCCACGCCCAGGUCACGUGGCAUAGGCGUGGGGGCAGCCUCCCCGCCCGGCACCAGACCCACGGCUCACUGCUGCGGCUGCACCAGGUGUCCCCCGCCGAUUCGGGCGAGUACGUGUGCCGCGUGCUUCUGGGUUCGGAGCACCUAGAGACCUCUGUCCUGGUCUCCAUCGAGGCUUCGGGCUCCAUGCCUGCCCCAGGACCUAUCCCACCUGUCCGGAUCGAGUCUUCUUCCUCCACGGUGGCCGAGGGGCAGACCCUGGAUCUGAGCUGCGUGGUGGCUGGACAGGCCCACGCCCAGGUCACGUGGUACAAGCGCGGGGGAAGCCUACCCGCCCGGCACCAGGUCCGCGGCUCCCGCCUGUACAUCUUCCAGACCUCCCCUGCCGAUGCUGGGGAGUAUGUUUGCCGGGCCAGCAAUGGUGCGGAGGCCUCCAUCACCGUCACAGUAACCAGGACCCAGGGGGCCAACUUUGCCUACCCCCCUGGCACCCAGCCCAUCCGCAUCGAGUCCUCCUCCUCCCACGUGGCCGAGGGGCAGACGCUGGAUCUGAACUGCGUGGUGCCUGGCCAGGCCCACGCCCAGGUCACGUGGCACAAGCGUGGGGGCAGCCUCCCUGCCCGGCACCAGACCCACGGCUCGCUGCUGCGGCUGCACCAGGUGUCCCCUGCCGACUCAGGCGAGUAUGUGUGCCGCGUGCUGGGGGGCUCCGUGCCCCUGGAGUCCUCCGUCCUGGUCACCAUUGAGCCUGCAGACUCUGUGCCUGCACACGGAGUCACACCCCCAGUCCGGAUUGAGUCAUCGUCCUCCCACGUGGCCGAGGGGCAGACCCUGGAUCUGAACUGCGUGGUGCCUGGCCAGGCCCAUGCCCAGGUCACGUGGCACAAGCGUGGGGGCAGCCUCCCCGCCCGGCACCAGGUACAUGGCUCAAGGCUGCGGCUGCCCCAGGUGACCCCAGCCGACUCCGGGGAGUACGUGUGUCGUGUGGUCAGCAGCUCGGGCACCCAGGAAGCCUCAGUCCUCGUCACCAUCCAGCGGCGCCUGGGCCCCUCUCACCCCCAGGGUGUGGUGUACCCCGUCCGUAUCGAGUCCUCCUCCGCCUCGCUGGCCAAUGGCAAUACCCUGGACCUUAACUGCCUGGUUGCCAGCCAAGCCCCUCAUACCAUCACCUGGUACAAGCGUGGAGGCAGCUUACCCAGUCGGCACCAGAUCGUGGGCUCCCGGCUGCGGAUCCCCCAGGUGACCCCCGCGGACUCUGGCGAGUACGUGUGCCACGUCAGUAACGGGGCCGCUUCCCAGGAGACUUCGCUCAUCGUCACCAUCCAGGGCAGUGGCCCCCCCCACGUGCCCAGCGUCUCCCCGCCCAUCAGGAUCGAGUCCUCGUCCCCCACCGUGGUGGAAGGCCAGACCUUGGAUCUGAACUGCGUGGUCGCCGGGCAGCCGCAGGCUACCAUCACGUGGUACAAGCGUGGGGGCAGCCUUCCCUCCCGACACCAGACCCACGGCUCCCACCUGCGCUUGCACCACAUGUCUGUGGCCGACUCGGGCGAGUACGUGUGCCGGGCCAACAACAACAUCGAUGCCCAGGAGGCCUCCAUCAUGGUCUCCGUCUCCCCCAGCCCUAGCAACCCCUCUGCCCCCGGCGCCGCCACGCCCAUCAGAAUCGAGUCCUCCUCCUCCCACGUGGCCGAAGGGCAGACCUUGGAUCUGAACUGCGUGGUCCCUGGGCAGGCCCACGCCCAGGUCAUGUGGUACAAACGUGGAGGCAGCCUCCCCACUCACCAUCAGACCCACGGCUCCCAUCUGCGGCUGUACCAGGUGUCCCCAGCCGACUCGGGCCAGUACGUGUGCCGUGUGCUGGGCAGUUCUGGCCCUCUGGAGGCCUCGGUCCUGGUCACCAUCGAGGCCUCUGACGCUAACCCUGUCCGCAUCCCUGCCCCUGGCGGAGCCCCACCCAUCCGCAUCGAGACCUCUUCCUCCCACGUGGCCGAAGGGCAGACCCUGGAUCUGAACUGCGUGGUACCUGGCCAGGCGCACGCCCAGGUCACGUGGCAUAGGCGUGGGGGCAGCCUCCCCGCUGGGCACCAGGUUCACGGCCACAUCCUGAGGCUGAACCAGGUAUCCCCAGCCGACUCUGGCGAGUACUCCUGCCGUGUGACCGGCAGCUCAGGCACCCUGGAGGCUUCUGUCCUGGUCUCCAUCGAACCCUCGAGCCCCAGCCCCAUUCCUGCCCCAGGACUGGCCCAGCCCAUCCACAUCGAGGCCUCCUCCUCCCACGUGGCCGAGGGGCAGACGCUGGACCUGAACUGCGUGGUGCCCGGGCAGGCCCACGCCCAGGUCACGUGGUACAAGCGCGGAGGCAGCCUCCCUGCCCGGCACCAGACCCAUGGCUCCCGGCUACGGCUCCACCACGUGUCCCCCGCCGACUCAGGCGAGUACGUGUGCCGAGUGGCAGGCGGCUCGGGCCCUGAGCAGGAGGCCUCCUUCACAGUCACUGUCCCGCCCAGCGAGGGGUCUUCUUACCGCCUUAGGAGCCCGGUCAUCUCCAUCGACCCGCCCAGCAGCACCGUGCAGCAGGGCCAAGAUGCCAGCUUCAAGUGCCUCAUCCACGACGGGGCCACCCCCAUCAGCCUGGAGUGGAAGACGCGGAACCAGGAACUGGAAGACAACGUCCACAUCAGCCCCAAUGGCUCCGUCAUCACCAUCGUGGGCACCCGGCCCAGCAACCACGGGGCCUACCGCUGUGUGGCCUCCAACGCCUAUGGCGUGGCCCAGAGUGUCGUGAACCUCAGUGUGCACGGGCCCCCUACAGUGUCCGUGCUCCCCGAGGGCUCCGUGCGAGUGAAAAUGGGAAAGGAUGUGACCCUGGAGUGUGUCAGCAGCGGGGAGCCCCGCUCCUCCGCUCGCUGGACCCGGGUGGGAUACCCCGCAAGGCUGGAGCCACGGACGUACGGGAUGGUGGACAGUCACGCGGUGCUCAAGAUUUCAUCAGUUAAACCAUCAGACGCGGGCACCUACGUGUGCCUAGCGCAGAAUGCACUGGGCACAGCACGGAAGGAAGUGGAGGUGAUCGUGGACACGGGCACCUCGGCCCCAGGCGCCCCCCAGGUCCAGGUGGAAGAAGUGGAGCUGACCGUGGAGGCUGGACACACAGCCACCCUGCGCUGCUCGGCCUCAGGCAGCCCCACACCCACCAUCCAGUGGUCCAAGCUGCGCUCCCCACUGCCCUGGCAGCACCGGCUGGAAGGCAACACCCUGCUCAUCCCCCGGGUCGCCCAGCAGGACUCGGGCCAGUACAUCUGCAACGCCACCAGCCCUCUGGGGCACGCCGAGGCCACCGUCAUCCUGCAUGUAGAGAGCCCACCGUAUGCCACCGUAGUCCCGGAGCACGCCUCGGUGCGGGCUGGAGAGAGAGUGCAGCUGCAGUGCCUGGCACACGGCACGCCCCCGCUCACCUUCCAGUGGAGCCGCAUGGACGGCAGCCUCCCCGGGCGGGCAGCUGCCAGCAAGGAGUUGCUGCACUUCGAGCCCGCGGCCCCUGAGGACUCAGGUCGCUACCGCUGCCAGGUCUCCAACAAGGUGGGCUUGGCCGAAGCCUUUGCCCAGGUGCUCGUUCAAGGUCCCUCCGACACCCUCCCUGACACGGCCACCCCAGCAGGAGCCCCGCCCACCGUGCAGGUCACCCCUCAGCAGGAGACCAGGAGCAUUGGGGCCAGCGUGGAGUUCCACUGCGCAGUGCCCAGCGACCGGGGCACCCAGCUCCGUUGGUUCAAGGAAGGGGGCCAGCUGCCUCCCGGCCACAGCGUGCAAGACGGGGUGCUCCGAAUCCAGAACCUAGACCAGAGCUGCCAAGGGACAUAUGUCUGCCAGGCCCAUGGACCUUGGGGACAGGCCCAGGCCAGUGCCCAGCUGGUCGUCCAAGCCCUGCCCUCCGUGCUCAUCAACAUCCGGACCUCCGUGCAGACCGUGGUGGUCGGCCAUGCUGUGGAGUUCGAGUGCAUGGCGCGGGGUGACCCCAAGCCUCAGGUGACAUGGAGCAAAGUCGGAGGGCGCCUGCGGCCCGGCAUCGUGCAGAGCGGCAGCGUCAUCAGGAUCCCCCACGUGGAGCUGGCCGACGCCGGACAGUACCGCUGCACCGCCACCAACGCCGCCGGCACCACGCAGUCCCAUGUGCUGUUGCUCGUGCAAGCCUUGCCCCAGAUCUCCACACCCCCAGAAGUCCGUGUGCCUGCUGGCUCUGCAGCUGUCUUCCCCUGCAUGGCCUCGGGCUACCCCACACCCGACAUCACCUGGAGCAAGCUGGACGGCAGCCUGCCGCCCGACAGCCGCCUGGAGAACAACAUGCUGGUGCUGCCCUCGGUGCGGCCGCAGGAUGCCGGCACCUACAUCUGCACUGCCACCAACCGCCAGGGCAAGGUGAAAGCUUUCGCCCAUCUGCAGGUACCAGAGCGGGUGGUGCCCUACUUCACCCAGACCCCCUACUCCUUCCUGCCGCUGCCCACCAUCAAGGAUGCUUACAGGAAGUUUGAGAUCAAGAUCACCUUCCGGCCGGACUCAGCCGACGGCCUUCUUCUCUACUCGGGGAUGCUACUGUACAAUGGGCAGAAGCGGACCCCAGGGAGCCCCACCAACCUGGCCAACAGGCAGCCCGACUUCAUCUCCUUCGGCCUUGUGGGCGGAAGACCCGAGUUCCGGUUUGACGCAGGCUCCGGCAUGGCCACCAUCCGCCACCCCACCCCGCUGGCCCUGGGCCAGUUCCACACUGUGACCCUGCUGCGCAGCCUCACCCAGGGCUCCCUGAUCGUGGGCAACCUGGCCCCUGUCAACGGGACCUCCCAGGGCAAGUUCCAGGGCCUGGACCUGAACGAGGAGCUCUAUCUAGGCGGCUACCCUGACUACGGGGCCAUCCCCAAGGCAGGCCUGACCAGCGGCUUUGUAGGCUGUGUCCGGGAGCUGCGUAUCCAGGGCGAGGAGAUCAUCUUCCAUGACCUCAACCUCACCGCGCACGGCAUCUCCCACUGCCCGACCUGUCGGGACCGGCCCUGCCAGAACGGGGGCCAGUGCCACGACUCGGAGAGCAGCAGCUAUGUGUGCGUAUGCCCGGCUGGCUUCACCGGGAGCCGCUGUGAGCACUCGCAGGCCCUGCACUGCCACCCAGAGGCCUGUGGGCCAGACGCCACCUGUGUGAACCGGCCCGAUGGUCGGGGCUACACCUGCCGCUGCCACCUGGGCCGCUCGGGGCCGAGGUGUGAGGAAGGUGUGACAGUGACCACCCCCUCCAUGUCGGGCGCCGGCUCCUACCUGGCACUGCCCGCCCUCACCAACACACACCACGAGCUACGCCUGGACGUUGAGUUCAAGCCGCUGGCGCCCGAUGGGAUCUUGCUGUUCAGCGGGGGGAAGAGCGGGCCUGUGGAGGAUUUCGUGUCCCUGGCGAUGGCUGGUGGCCACCUGGAGUUCCGCUAUGAACUGGGGUCAGGGCUGGCUGUUCUGCGGAGCCCCGAGCCGCUGGCGCUGGGCCGCUGGCACCGCGUGUCUGCUGAGCGCCUCAACAAGGACGGCAGCCUGCGGGUGAACGGCGGCCGCCCCGUGCUCCGCUCCUCUCCCGGCAAGAGCCAGGGCCUCAACCUGCACACCCUCCUCUACCUGGGUGGCGUGGAGCCCUCCGUGCCGCUGUCCCCGGCCGCCAACGUCAGUGCUCACUUCCGCGGCUGCGUGGGCGAGGUGUCUGUGAACGGGAAGCGGCUGGACCUCACCUACAGCUUCCUCGGCAGCCAGGGCGUCGGGCAGUGCUACGACAGCUCCCCGUGUGAGCGCCAGCCUUGCCAGAACGGUGCCACCUGCAUGCCCGCUGGCGAGUACGAAUUCCAGUGCCUGUGUCGCGACGGCUUCAAAGGUGACCUCUGUGAGCAGGAGGAGAACCCUUGCCAGCUCCACGAGCCUUGUCUGCAUGGGGGCACCUGCCAGGGCACCCGCUGCCUCUGUCUCCCUGGCUUCUCGGGCCCACGCUGCCAGCAAGGUCCUGGACAUGGCCUCGCGGAGUCCGACUGGCACCUGGAAGGCAGCGGGGGCAGCGACGCCCCGGGCCAGUACAGCGCCUACUUCCACGACGGCGGCUUCCUGGCCCUCCCGGGACAUGUCUUCUCCAGAAGCCUGCCGGAGGUGCCCGAGACCAUCGAGCUGGAGGUUCGGACCAGCACAGCCAGCGGCCUCCUGCUCUGGCAGGGAGUGGAGAUGGGAGAGGCCAGCCGAGGCAAGGACUUCAUCGGCCUUGGGCUUCAGGAUGGGCACCUUGUCUUCAGCUACCAGCUGGGCAGUGGGGAGGCCCGCCUUGUCUCUGAGGACCCCAUCAAUGACGGCGAGUGGCAUCGGGUGACGGCGCUGCGAGAGGGCCGCCGAGGCUCCAUCCAGGUGGACGGUGAGGAGCUGGUCAGCGGCCAGUCCCCAGGCCGGAACGUGGCAGUCAACACCAAAGGCAGCGUCUACGUGGGCGGAGCCCCCGACGUGGCCGCUCUCACUGGAGGCAGGUUCUCCUCGGGCAUCACGGGCUGCAUCAAGAACCUGGUGCUGCACUCGGCCCGGCCCGGCGGCCCACCCCCACAGCCCCUGGACCUGCAGCACCGCGCCCAGGCUGGGGCCAACACGCGCCCCUGCCCCUCGUAGGCACCUGCCUGCCCCCAACGGACUCCCGGGCAGCGCCCAGCCCGACCAUGUCGAGUAUAUUAUUAUUAAUAUUAUUAUGAUGAUUUUUUGUAAGAAACCGAGGCGAUGCCACGCUUUGCUGCUACCGCCCUGGGCUGGACUGGAGGGGGGAUGACACCCCCACGCACACCUGGGCAAAGCCACAAGGCUGGUAGGCGGGGCAGGUCGGAUGGAGUAGACGCCCCAGGAGGCCACCAGGACGUGGAGUCAGGCACGGUGGCUGGGCAGGCCCUGAGCUGCUCCCACGCGGCCGCCCUGAGGGGCCCCUCCGGGCAGAGCCAGGAUGCCCACCUCAGCAGCCCUUGCCAGCCCUCAUUCCUGGGAGAGCCCACCUCGGCUUCCAUCCUGGUGCUCGCCGUCUACCUGGAACAGGAGGGCAUCACGGGAGCCCUGGCCACCCCCUCUGGGCUGGGAAGCUCUCUAGCGUCUGCUGUGGCGCAGAAGGCAGCUCCCCCUCCCCCCAGCCCACGUCUCAGCCUCCCUCCAUCUCCCCGCCCCCAGCCGGCCAGGCCACCUGUGCCGGGAAGCCUCCCCACUCCCACCAAGCCCCCUGGCCUGCACUCCCCACCUCCCACGCACAGCCCAGGGUCCCUGACCACAGGGGCUACAAGGGAACACCCCCCCCCCCCGCCCCCGCCGGAGCUGUUCCAGGCAGAGCUGAGCACUGAGAGGCUCUCCACCCACGCCAGGCCCCAUCCCCCCACUCGUCUGGAAGUGAAGGCCCAGGGGACUGGGGGGCUGCUGGCGGUCGGAGGAGUUGGUGCCUUAGGAAGGGGAUCGCCAGCCUGUCCCAUCGACGGGAGCCUGUCCGAGGCUGGGGGGUUGGGACGCCCGGCCUCCAUGUCCGAGAACGGACCCUCUGUGGUCUUUGUCCUGAUUUUUCUUAAUAAACGGUGCUAUCCCCGCCA